CCUCCAUGCAAUUCUCGCACAUUUCAAUCCGUUUAGCAAGUCUCUUUGCAUACCGUAGGUUCCGUCUAUUCUCAAAUCUUCAUCCUCUUUUGGAUUUCGAUUUCCAAUUUCUUUUUCGAUUAGUAUAUUUUGAUUCUGCAUGGUGGGAUUCGUGUUCGAGAUUUAGAUUUGUGUCUGAUUCUGUGAAGUAGUAGUUUCAAUUUUGUGCUCGUAGAAUUAUCUUCUUCUGAGGGGUAGGUGUGGGGAUUUCAGGGUUGUGUAAGGGUGUGUUUGGUUAUUGGUUUGUUGUGACCCAGAUCUCUUUUUGCUUCUUUUGAGGGGGUAGCCGGGGCUCCGGCCUCGGCAGGUUUCAAAGCCCCCACCUAUACGAAAUCCAUCUAUAAACGUAGAAUUUGAAUUUGUUGUUUUUUGGUUAUCAUUCUUUGAUUCUUCCGGAGCCGUAAAACAGAUCGGGGGAAAGAUGCCGGCCUUGGCUUGCUGCAUAGAAGCCGCUGUACCUUCGCCUCCAGGCUACACCGUCGCCUGGGAUGGCAUUGUUCCCACGCCGGAGUCAUCCGCUGCCUCCGGCGUCUCUCUGUCGACAAACUCCACAAUCACCAACGCCUGGUCACCCGCACAUUCGUCCAUUCUCUACCGCGUCGACGGGUGGGGUGCCCCUUAUUUUACUGUCAAUUCCUCCGGAAAUAUCUCCGUCCUCCCCUACGGCGCGGACACUCUUCCCCACCAGGAGAUUGAUCUCCUCAAGGUCGUGAAGAAGGCCUCUGACCCGAAAGCUUCUGGUGGGCUCGGGCUUCAGUUGCCUCUUAUCGUUCGCUUCUCUGAUGUUCUCAAAAACCGGCUCGAAUCUCUGCAGUCUGCUUUUAGUUUCGCUGUUCAAUCCCAAGCCUAUGAGGCUCAUUACCAGGGCGUUUAUCCUGUGAAAUGCAAUCAAGAUAGGUUCGUGGUUGAGGAUAUUGUGAAAUUCGGGUCGCUCUUCCGCUUUGGUCUGGAAGCCGGAUCAAAACCGGAGCUCCUCAUGGCCAUGAGCUGUCUCUGUAAAGGAAGCCCCGAGGCUCUUCUGGUAUGCAAUGGAUUUAAAGAUACAGAAUACAUUUCUCUUGCUCUGGUUGCAAGAAAGCUGCAUUUAAACACUGUGAUUGUUCUUGAACAAGAAGAAGAGCUGGACAUUGUGAUUAAUGUCAGCCGGCAACUCUGUGUCCGUCCUGUGAUUGGGCUCCGUUCCAAGCUGAGGAUCAAGCAUUCUGGCCAUUUUGGAUCCACUUCAGGCGAGAAAGGAAAGUUUGGUUUAACAACCACACAGAUUCUCCGUGUUGUGAAGAAACUUGAACAUCAUGGUAUGUUGGAUUGCCUGCAGUUGCUGCAUUUCCAUAUUGGAUCCCAGAUUCCUUCCACAGCUUUGCUGGCUGAUGGAGUACGUGAAGCUUCCCAAAUCUACUGUGAAUUAAUCCGCCUCGGUGCUUGUAUGAAAGUCAUUGACAUUGGUGGUGGUCUUGGAAUUGAUUAUGAUGGCUCAAAAUCUCAGGACUCUGAAAUUUCUGUUGGUUACAGUAUUGAAGAUUAUGCUUAUGCUGUUGUUCGGGCUAUAAAAUCCGUGUGUGACCGUAAUGGCGUGAAGCAUCCUGUGAUUUGCAGUGAGAGCGGCCGUGCCAUUGUGUCUCACCACUCAGUUUUGGUGUUCCAAGCUGUUUCUGCGAGUUCCUAUGCAUCUUCUGAGAUGCCUUCUUUUGGACUUCAGUACUUGUUGGAGCAACUCACUGAGGAUGCCCUUGCUGAUUACCGAAAUUUAUCUGCUGCUGCAAUUCGCCAUGAGUAUGAUACCUGUCUGGUCUAUGCUGAGCAGCUGAAGCAGAGGUGUGUUCAACAAUUCAAGGAAGGGUCUUUGGGGAUGGAACAUCUUGCUGCAGUUGAUGGACUUUGCGAAAUGAUGUCAAAGGCAAUUGGGGUUUCCGAUAAUGUCCGUUCUUACCAUGUCAAUCUAUCAGUUUUUACCUCAAUUCCUGACUUUUGGGGAAUUGGUCAGUUGUUUCCCAUUAUUCCAAUCCACAGGCUUGACGAGAGGCCAGCAUCGAGGGGGAUUUUGUCUGACUUAACUUGCGACAGUGAUGGAAAGAUAGAUAAGUUCAUUGGAGGUGAAUCUAGCUUGCCUUUACAUGAAUUUGAAGGCAGUGGAAGUGUUAAUGGUAAUGGUGGGAAGUACUAUUUGGGGAUGUUUUUAGGUGGGGCUUAUGAGGAGGCACUCGGGGGAGUUCACAACCUGUUUGGUGGCCCAAGCGUCAUGCAGGUGAUGCAGAGGGAUGGCCCUCACAGCUUUGCCGUGACGAGUGCCAUCCCUGGCCCAUCCUGUGGGGAUGUGCUCCGCAUGAUGCAGCAUGAGCCCGAGGUCAUGUUCGAAAUCCUCAAACACCGUGCAGAGGAAUUUGCAGACAAUGGUGAAGCUAAUGGCAGCAUGUCAAUUGCCAGUGGCUUGGCCCGGUCCUUCAAUAAUAUGCCUUAUCUAGUUGGCUCUGCCUCUUGCAGCUUGACUGCUGCCAAUGGUAAUAAUGGUUCCUUCUAUUGCAAUGAGGAUAGUUUCUCUUCGGCUGCUGAUACUGUGGCUGCUGACGAUGAGCGGUGGUCUUACAGCGGUGCUUGAGUUUUAAUGGAGGUUAUGUAGCAUCUCCAGUGGUUUCUAGUUUGUCGUUUGAGGUCGUCUGUUUUAAGUCUUUGAUUUGAACUGUUUAGUAGCCUUUUCCAUUAUAUUGUUGAUUAUCCAUUUUAGUUUGCUAUGAACAUGAUGUAAGAAGAAAGGCCGAGAGUUGCAAUAUGUAGAGGAGUGGGAACGUUACCGAAUCUGUCUGAUCCUUUGCAGUACAAACUUCCCCCUGCUUUUGCGCAAUGUUAAACCUGUUGUUAGAAAUUUCUUAUGAAGUCUUGAUUGCUAUUUAAUCUU